AUGAGCGAGUCCAGCGAUGAGGAUAGCGAUUGGGAGGCGUUGGGACGUGGGUUUCCCGAUCUUUCGAGACUUUCUUUGAAGUUUCAAUGGGACACAUUUAUGUCUGAAUUGCAACAAGGGACGUCUUUAAGCGGGGCGUUGGACAGGUUGCAGACGUUAAAGGCGAAAUGGGACACGAUGGUGUUGAAUCUUCCGUUAUAUGCUGAGCGAAAGAGUGAGGAUGAGGAAGGAGGCGAGGCACUUGGAGAGGCUCAGGAUGGCGAGGGGAAAGAGGAGAAUAAGUUGAGAAGCGGGAGUACGAAUUCUGGUGUUUCGGGUGCGAUCAGCAGAAUAUGGGCAGGUUCGAGAUGGAACGGCGGUCAUGUUGUGGAGACGGACCCUACAGUUGUGACGAAGAUCCAUGCGAAUGGACACCUGCUCUACACGAACGAUCUUGUGAUGCCGAUGGACAAGGAGUAUACGGAGCUCACACAUUGGGACCAGAGGUUCAACGAGGACGAGGACGCGUUGCGGUCGAGGAUUAUAAAGAUACGGUCUUUAACGGAUUUAACCGAUGAGCAGAAGGCCUCCAUGAUACAAACGUUGAUGAUGAAGCACUCGACGGUGCCGGGACUUGCGAUGGGCGAUCAUCAUGAAGAGACUGCCGGUGCAAUGGCGGAAUCUGGCGCCCAACAACAGCUUCCCAGUUACAACUUCGAGCCUCCAGAGCCCACAGAAGAGGACAAGCGGGAUGUGUACCAAUCGCCUGGAGUGAAGGGGUGUCCUCAUUACCAGCGUAACUGCAAGUUGCUAUGCAGCCAGUGCAACAAGUGGGUACCGUGCCGGAUAUGCCACGACGAGGCCAUCGAGGACCACCAGUUCCAGCGGAACGCGACGCAAUGGGUGCUGUGCACCAACUGUUUUCACCACCAGUCCCCGUCGUCGCACUGCGAGGAAUGUGGGAUAGAAUUUGCGAUGUACUACUGUCCUAUAUGCGUGCUAUACGACAACGACGAGUCGAAGGACAUAUACCACUGCGACAAGUGUGGGAUAUGCCGGUUGGGGCUUGGCUUGGGCCAGGAUUUUUUCCACUGCGAUCAGUGCAAUGCGUGUUUGUCGAUCGAGUUGUUGGGUAACCACAAGUGUAUCGAGAACUCUACCAAAUCAGACUGUCCGAUAUGCCACGAAUACAUGUUCACAAGCACGAUGGCGGUUGUGUAUAUGGAUCCGUGUGGCCAUGCGAUCCACCAGCAUUGUUUUGACGAGUACGUGAAGCAUUCGUACAAGUGUCCGAACUGCAGUGUUUCGGUGAUCAACAUGGAGCGGGAGUUCCGGAUAUUGAGCCAGGAGAUCCAGGAGUACCGGUUGCCCGAGCCCUACUGUUACUGGAAGUGCAAGGUGCACUGCAACGAUUGUCGCAAGAAGUCGAUGGUGGACUACCAUAUCCUUGGGCUUUGCUGCCAGCAUUGCGGGAGCUACAACACGCGCCAGGUCGAUUUGAUAAAGCCGGAGGAUGCUCCUGCUACCAGUGGUACCAGUGGUACUGCUACUACUACUACUACUAGCACGAGUACUAGUACGACUACUGGAACCAGCACCAGCACCAGCACCAGUAGUGGCGCUGAUUCUCAUGGUAGCACACCACGUGACCUCCGCCCGCGCAACUCCACCGUUUCCUCUUUCCACCCGGACCGGAACGAGGAGCUCCAGCAGCUCCGCGACGAGCUCUUGCACUCGAACUUUCAGCGGGAAACGGUGAGCUCCCAUUGGGCGCUUGACCAGAACCGGCUCAGACACAUGGACGAGUACCUGCGCGCCAUGGUGGAGAGCAGCAGUGCUGACGCUGACGCUGACGCGGCGAACGGCAAUGGUGGUGACCCGGACGACAACAUCGGUUUCGCCGCGCGCAUCAAGAACUUCAUUGCCACCCAGACACCAGACUCCUCGACGCUCCCGCAGCUCUCGCAAGCGUUUGCCGCGUUCCUCGGAUCCACGCACCAGGGUCUUUCCUCGAGCGACGAGGAUGACUAG